AUGGAGCAAAGUACCGAUAUGGAGAAUACUUUGCAGAUCUCACCUUCAUCUUUGCUGGACCAAUCGCUGUCCCUAGAUCAAUCUUCAAUGUCGAUGGAUCAAUUAUCUUUGAUGUCGAUGGAUCAAUCUGAUAACUCAUUGCAGCUUACCCUGUCGAAUGUCAAUCUUCGACGCUCUUCGAAUCCUGAUCGAGCCAAUUGUCAAGCAAACAACUCUACUGAACUAGACGAACUACCUCCUCCACCGGCUCCCAAACGUCGCCGCCGCACCCAGGACGAGAUGGAUGUUUUUCGUGCUGAGCAAGAGCAGGCUCGACUUUGUCGCAAGCAAGAACGAGAGAUGGCAAAACUCAUCAAAAAUCAAGAAAAGGAAGCCCAAAAGCAGGCAAGGGAAGCUGAAAAACAGGCAAAAGAAGCUGGAAAGAGAAAAGAAGCUGAUAAGAGAAGGAAAACACGAAAAGCUAAACGGUUUGAGGAGAAUACCGGCGCUGGAAUCGAGAGUAGUGAAGGACUGAAAACACUCGCAGAGGCUCUAGAGAAGAUAUGUCCAUGUUUUGAUCGUAUUGACGCUAUCUUACAAGACAAAGCCAAUGUCGUUGCCAUGCUGGAAUUUGACCACUCACAACCCGGCCUUGAGCUCCCUCCAAUUGACGAAGAAAGUGACGGAAGUCAAGAAGGUGAUCUUCCCACUGGGCAACGGCUCAAAACUGUUACCUCCUCAAUUGAUCAAGUGGAAGAGACCGCUGGGUCUGAGUCAUUGGGGAGGGACCCUACCCAAGAAUCAUCAACCGACGAAUUCACUGAUUCUCUGCCAAACAGUACUCCACUGAGCCGCUCAAUAUAUCUUGGAACGGCAACAAGAAAUCCCUCAUCCCAAUCUGCUCAAGGAGAUCCCCAAUCAGUCAACAAGGGCUCAACCCAGCCAACGACACCAACUCCGAGUGUCCCCGGUGGGGGUGGGAGACAAUCAGCUCGCGGCCUUCAAACACCUCUUGGCAGGUGCUCCCAGUCGGCUUCGAUCUCGGCAAGUUCGCCAUCAAACCCUCCUCAACAAGCGCCAAAGGUCUUGUUGGCGACCGCAUUCUCAAGCUUGGCCGACUCCCGAUUUGCAAUCAUCGAGCGUCAAUUACAAGUUGAGGAACAAAGAAUGCAGCGUGAGGACGCCUGCGACCAAAAAAAAAGAAGCACGAGAGGUAGACCAAUGGAAUAG